UAACGAUCGUCGAAAUAGUUCUAUUAGAUCGUUUAUCGAUAUCGAACAUGCUUGCAAUUAUUAGCCAAAAUAUCGAUUAUAUAAUCGUUUUUUUAAAGAAUUUCAAUAAAAUGUAUCCAACGCGAUAAAGGAUUUUUCAUUCGAUCAUAAUGUAGCCUGCAAUAUUUGGACUAAAAAACGAUAAUGGGGCACCAAAUUAUGCAACUAAAUGCGAUAGUUUAAGGAUAAAAUCUACGGAAAUAUAAUUUAGUUUCUACGCCGACGUUCAAACGCUCCCUCCGUCGAAAGUAUUCGAUCGGUUACUGCGCAUGCGUCGACCAAUUCCUAGUAGCGCGGAUCGGCCAACCAAUAGAAUAAGAGGAAUGACGACACUAACAACCAAUUAGAGAAGAGAAUGGUGACGACAUUGCUAUUAAUAGCGACGAUGAGUCAUGGGAUAAAAGCCAGUACCUUUGGUUAGUUCUUCACAAGUAGUCGAAACGUCGCGUGAUACAGAGUGCGUUACGUUUACUAUCAACAACUCCCCUAUAGGCGUGACACGCGUCCUAACACGUAGCAAUUGCGUAUCUACCAUUUUCCUUCUUCUUUCUUUCUGCCUUUGCUGUCUCUCCCUCUUAUCCUCUCUCCCUUCUUUUUUACUCUUUUGACAUAGCACGCAGCUAAGAGUGAUUCAUCCUCUUGUGUACUCUGUUGCUCUGAUCGGCGGCUUUUAAGUUGUCAAUCGAGCAACGAGAAAAACGCGCACGUACAAUUUAAUCCACGUUCGACGUAUCGUUGGAAAAAAAAAGGAGACGACAAAAAGUCUGGUAGCGGGAAGGAGUAGAGAGCAACGCCUGUGGUUAAACAUCAACCGCAUACGUGAACUGAAUUUAUUGAUAUUGUCUGCAAUAAUCAUUUGCUACUAGUAUAGUAUUGUUCUUUGGUGCAGCAUAUUCUUGCAUUAGAGACAAAUAAAAAGGCAAGAAGAAAAUAAAAGUGAAAUAACUGUUGGUUAUGUAAUUUUGUCCUUGAGAUAGGAUCGAAGAAAAAAAGAAAGAAAACCGUCGUCGGAGAAAACGAUAACGGGUAAUAACGGGCGAUAACGGGCAAUAACGGGCAGGCGGCGACUUUCCUUCACCAACCGGAUUUGCCCUCGUCCUUGCGACUCGCGUACUAUUCCGUCGGGAGGAAGAACGCGUCCUGAAUUUCCAAUUGAUCGGAACGCAUUGCCUACAAAUCGUCGACGACGAGAAGGGUGCGUGCGUGCCUUGGCCGAAAGUUGAAGGAACAAAAGAAGAGAAGGAGAGGGAAAGAACGACCACAAGCGUCCGAAAGUAAGCAAGCAAGCAAGCAAGCCAGUCGGAGAUCAGAGCGCACCCAGGAGUGAGAACGGGGAAAGAGGGGAGUGGAAGGACUUCCUCGGCAACCUUCGAAUUGUUAUCGACGAAAAACCGUUUCGUGGCACCGAUGGUACGAAAUCUGACAAUGGAUCAAACAUUUUACGAGGACGCUUCGAGCGUUUAUGGUGUUGUUAAUCGUGAAAACAAUAUGAAUCAACCUAAACGUAAUCUUACAUUGGAUUUAAACAGUUGUCAGAGACAAGGACAACAACAAACUAAAAGACCAAGAUUAGGUCCCUUGCCGACGACUUUGAACAACGUAGCACCGAUUUUGAGCUCUCCGGAUUUGAAUAUGUUGAAACUCGGAUCGCCAGAAUUGGAAAAGUUGAUAAUUGAACAGCAGGAUGGUAACGGGAGUAUCGUUGCAUCAUUGCCAACACCAACUGCUCAAAUACUUUUUCCAAAAACUGUUACGGAAGCUCAAGAACUUUAUGCUCGAGGCUUUGUCGAUGCUUUAAACGAGUUACACCAUUCGGAUAGUUCACAAGAACCCAGUAGCUUGCACGGUGCUACAUAUACAACUUUGGAGCCACCCGGUAGCGUGCAAAGCGUCGGCACGGAAUCCUCGGUUAGUCAAGGACUCAUGCAAAUAAAGGACGAACCGCAAACGGUACCAAGCGUUUCCAGUUCCCCGCCUAUGUCACCGAUAGACAUGGAGAAUCAAGAAAGGAUCAAACUUGAAAGGAAAAGGCAACGGAAUCGCGUGGCCGCCUCCAAAUGUCGCAGACGCAAACUCGAACGUAUAUCCAGGCUGGAGGACAAGGUGAAAAUUCUCAAGGGCGAAAACAGCGAAUUGAGCACAGUAGUCCAUAAACUCAAGGAACACGUUUGUCAACUUAAGGAACAGGUGAUGGAUCACGUUCAUUCUGGCUGUCAAAUUAUGACCAUUUCGGGCCAGUUUUGAAAAUUGGAUUGUUUAUUAUGAUUAAAUGAGAGGUUAUCGUAAAACCGCAGAAAGUUUCGUGGAACGAAUUAAAAAAAUAUCAUUGAUUUUUUUAUACACUGGGUAGUAGUUCGGUCUCGAAAAAUUCCUUCGAUUCUUUUUUCUUUUUUUUUUUUUUAUUAUUAUUAUUAUAUUCCAUCUCAUUUCUUUCAUAGAAUUUUAAACGAGAUAAGGACACGUGCCGUAUCAAGAAUUCUUUUUAUUUCUUUCUACAUUACCUACAUACAAAAACACACACAUACACAUGCAUACACAACAAAACAUAAUACAGUAUAGGUGAUUUUCUUGCUUUAAAACUUCUUUUUCUUUCUUCUCUUCUAUGUUAGUCAUUUAUCAAUGGACAAUGACGAAUGAAAAAUAGGAUAAAACGUGUCAAACAGAUGAUUCUGCGCUCUAUUGACUAUUAACGUAACGAAUCGAAGGACGCAAAAGAAUGCUAGAGAGAGAAAUGCUUUUUAUAUUUUCGAUUUCUUUUGUAAAAAGUAAAAAAAAAGAAGAAGAAGAAAAAGAAAAGAGUCACCCGUUAUAUAUCGAAACGCAUAAACUUGUUAAGACUUGUUAGUGAAUCGAGAUGCGAUAUAACCGAGAAGGAGAAACGUGUGCACGUGGGUUAAUGCGUCCUUGAAUGAAUGUAACUCUGUGUAUUAUGAUGAGUGUAUGUGUGUGUGUGUGUUGUUUGUGUGCGAACACAAAGCUGCUAAAAGAUAAAAAAGAAACUAACAAUAUAAGUAUCUACCUCUGCUCGCUAAAAGGAUAUAUAAUAUACGACGUGUGGUAUUAAGCAUUUACAAGCCGCUUUUUCUCAGAAUGGACAACAACAACUGACCAACAAUUUUAAUUUGUUUACUUCUACGUAUAAAUAUAUAUGUAAUAUUUUUCUUUUAUUUUCCUUUAUUUUUUUUAUUUUUUUUUUUUUUAUUAUCUUUUAUCUUAUCUUUUAAGAUCUCUUUUAACGACUAAUGUUCUGUUUUAAUGACUAUACAUAUAUACAUACAUACAUACAUAUAUAUAUUUUGUUUCUUUUCAUUCAGAAUUAUUA